AUGAUCAAGAACAGCCGCCGCUCCAUGCCCAAACCGCCAUCGACCUCGUCUUCAUCGACACCGAACCUGCCGUCGUUCUCGCGGCCGCAUUUCAAGGGCGGCCAACAUCACCACCGGCGACGGAAUCUUGACGACGGUCGUGACCCGGCCUCGUCUGCGUCCUCUCACCCGGUUACUGCCCGGACUCCAGGCUCGACGUCGACAGCAGGCCGACCGCACCCCACGACCAUCAAUACCAGUGCCGGGCUCCUCGCCAGCAACCCAGCCGGCAAUCCAGCCGGCAAUCCAGCCAGUCCCAGUCCAAGCACCGCCCUCCCCAGCCCGCAUCCCAACAGCGCCGACGGGAUCGAUCCUCGCAGCUUUGCCGGCAGCAGCGCCAGUUCCAACGACAGCCUCAUCCAAGGCGAGAGGACAUGGCUCUACAACAAGCAGGAUCUCACCCCAAACCUGCCCUCGAUACGGGACGGAAUGGCCGAGGAUGAGUUCCGCACGCAGAUUCAAGCUGGAUGCGACCUCAUCAAUCGCGUGGGCAUGAGGCUUGGCCUCAUCCGCUUCUCGCUUCGUGGUCGCCGAGCUUAUGUUUCCGAUACCGAGAUCACGUGCAUCUACUUUCACCGAUUCUACGUUCGUGAGUCGCUGAUGGAGUACAGAGGACCGGAUAUUGCGGCCAGCUGUCUGUAUCUGGCAUCCAAGGUCGACGAGUCAUUCCGGAAUCUGUCGGCGUUUAUUCAAGCAUUCCACAACUGCACCUCGAGCUCCUCUGUGAACCUGGCAAUCGAAGAGCCCCUCGACGAGACAUCCAAGGAGUUUUGGAAAUGGAAGGACAACAUCCUGCACAACGAGUACGUUGUUGCAGAGGCACUUUGCUUUGAUAUCCAUAUCGAAUUAGCUAUCAUCAAGGUCCUGAAGAUGCUGAGGGAGAUGAACGCGUCAAAAGAGCUGAGCAAGGCAGCCUAUGAGUUUGCGCGGAUGAGCUCAAACUAUGGCCUCUGUCUGUACUAUAGCCCAAUCGAACUGGCCGCAGCCGCAAUAUACUACGCCGGCGAACAGUUACCCGCAGUGUCACUAAACCACACAAAGUUUUGGGAAACAACACUCAAAAUCGACUUGGCGCGAAUCGAAGAAAUCGUGGUCGAGAGCAAGCAAGUGUGCUAGCAGCUCGAUCCAGAUGCUUCUCAACGGAUGCCCGCUCCCUCACACAGCCGUCGGCCCAUUCCCACGUUGUCUGGGAAUGUGUGCAUCUUGGAAGUUCCUGUGUGCCCCGCUAUCAGGGCCUGGCGGGAUGGAAUAGAUCUGGACCACACGUCCAAAGCAGCCAACA